AUGGCAUCCACUCAUGUUAUCCAUGACGCUGCUUCCAAGGGCUUCCACAAUGCUUUGUCUUAUGAUGCCCACCGUCCCUCCUAUGGAGAUGCGGCAGUCAGUAGUCUCUUGAAGCACCUCGGGCUCGAGGGCAAGGCGCAGAGCCGGAUCGUGGACCUUGGGGCUGGCACGGGAAAGUUCACCGAGGUGCUUGCUGCACGACCAGAGGAGUUUGAGAUUAUCGCUGUAGAGCCGCUUGAUUCUAUGCGGGAGACGCUGGCGGAGAAACAGCUCAAGGGCGUCGAGGCUCGUGCUGGGACGGCUUCCGAUAUGGAGACGGUAGAGACUGGUUGGGCCGACGGGUGUAUUGUCGCUCAGGCAUUCCACUGGUUCGCCAAAGAAGAGUCCUUGAAGGAGAUCCAUCGGGUGCUCAAGCCCGGUACCAAGCUGGGCCUGAUCUGGAACGUCGAAGACUACAACCGACCGGCAAGCUGGCCAGCAGCCACCACAUGGGAGCAUGAGCUUGGUGAGCUCAGCUUCUCUGGGCACUCCGACGGCCAACCACGUUUCCGGCACCUGCAGUGGCGCAAGAUCUUUGACCUCCAGGCCGAGUCGGAGGAAGCCCUGUUUUCCACGCCCAUCGGCACUGAGCGCGUGCAAUGGUCAGUAUGGUUGACGCCAGAGGGCUUGUGGGAUCGGAUCAAUACACUGAGCUGGAAUGCGAUUCGGGAGGGAGAGGCAAAGCGAGAAUUUAGGGAGAAAUUUGACAAGAUCAUCAAGGCGGGUGAUGUGAAGUGGAAUGACAAAGGCGAGAUCGAGUUUCAUGGAAGCACUUUCUUUGCCUGGACAGAACGGCUUUAG